CUUGGUCACCACACACUACCUGUAACUCUGUCACGCAAAAAUCUUUCCAUAGCUUCACCUUCUCUGUUUACAGUAUCUCUCUCAGCUUUCUCUCUCUCUUACUUUUGGCCAUUUACAGCCCUCGUUUUUCAGUUGCUGUUAUCUCUGUCUCCAGUUUCUUCUUUUGCUCUCUCAGGUCAUGUAACUGUACCCCAAAACUACAGUCUUGAAGGUGUUCUUAUUGUUGCUUUAAAGGGUCUUUUCUUGAACAAUGUGAUGUUCUUUCCUCUGUUUUGUUAAUGUCCAUUUUCUUAAAACUAUUCUAAAUCAAUCUUCGUAGGCCUUCAAUCAUGGAUUCUCGUCACUACAAUCUUCUUCUUGUGUAGUCCAUUUUCUUGGAUGUUUAAGGUUGUCUACUUCUGCUAAUGCCCGUUUGUCUUGAGUUUGUUUUAAAAAGUUGAAAGAUGCAGUUUUUGAUCAUGGGUUUUCGUUAAUUUGGUUGCUAAUGUUCUCUAAGCCCUUUACCACUAUAGAGCUUGGCUAAAAUUUAGCUAGUUUUUCAAAAUUGUAACAUGUAAUUUUAAUCUCUCAACUACAUUUUGUUCUGUUAGUGUGCUUUCUGGUGGGACUUAGUUUAUGAAAAGGAAGCUUUUCUUGAUAAUGAAGUAAAGAAAGCAGUGUUAAUGGAUCCAAAUCUCAUUGAAGUCAAACGUAAAUAAGAUCUGUGCAUAUGGAGAGAAUCUGUUCUUUCCGUUAAUUCAGACUCUUUUUAUUUCACUGUGGAUUCUGUUCGCUAGCAUCAUUGAUUUUUAACUAACAGGAUAUCAUUUCUAAACGAUUCUUUGGUUCCUGAUAUCUAAUAUACCGAUAUCAUUCUUUAUAAUUCCUUGAAAUGUAAGAAUCUUUAGCUGUAUAUGUUUUCUUACAGGAUUAAAUGUAUCCAAAAUGUUUAUUUCGGGACUUCACUCCCGCUUUUGUUUAAUGUCUUUCUGCCCAUAGGUUCUCAUUGUUACCUUCUCCUAUGCAAGUUUAGCUAUCUUACUGGCCUCUCGAGUAGUAAAUUCGGUCGGAGUCGUGUUUUUAUUUUAUUUUAUCUUAUAUUAGUUUGUUAACAAAACUCAAUCCAUCUGCACCGCUUCAUAUUCACCAAAACUCUGAGUUGUCAUGGAGGAGACGUUUGUUCCCUUGCGUGGAAUAAAAAAUGAUCUUAGAGGAAGGCUUUCGUGCUACAAGCAAGACUGGAAUGGUGGUUUCCGUGCUGGCAUCAGGAUCCUUGCUCCAACAACAUAUAUAUUCUUUGCUUCGGCAAUUCCUGUGAUAUCUUUCGGGGAACAGCUAGAAAGAGAUACAGGUGGAACUUUGACUGCAGUGCAAACUCUUGCAUCCACAGCACUUUGUGGCAUCAUCCAUUCGAUAGUUGGAGGGCAGCCCCUGCUCAUACUGGGGGUCGCUGAGCCAACAGUGUUGAUGUAUACAUUUAUGUUUGACUUUGCAAAGGACCGAAAGGACUUGGGGCCUAAUCUCUUCUUAGCCUGGACAGGAUGGGUUUGUGUGUGGACAGCCUUGUUGCUGUUCCUGCUGGCAGUAUUGGGUGCAUGCUCCAUAAUCAACAGGUUUACACGUGUUACUGGUGAAUUAUUUGGUCUUCUUAUUGCAAUGCUCUUUAUGCAGCAGGCCAUAAAGGGACUUGUUGAGGAGUUUCGCAUACCCCAGAGGGAAAAUAUUAAUCAGACUGCGCUUCAACCUUCUUGGCGAUUUGGCAAUGGAAUGUUUGCAUUGGUUCUCUCCUUCGGCCUUCUUCUGACUGCACUAAGGAGCCGCAAGGCUAGAUCCUGGCGCUAUGGUACAGGUUGGCUACGAGGAUUCAUUGCAGAUUAUGGAGUUCCACUUAUGGUGCUGGUGUGGACAGCCAUAUCAUACAUACCAGUUAAUGAUGUUCCAAGAGGGAUCCCAAGGCGGCUUUUCAGUCCAAAUCCAUGGUCUGUUGGUGCACACUCAAAUUGGACAGUCAUCAAGGAAAUGGUGAAUGUGCCUCCUUUAUAUAUAGUUGGAUCAUUUAUUCCCGCAACCAUGAUUGCUGUGCUUUACUACUUUGAUCAUAGUGUUGCAUCACAACUUGCACAGCAAAAAGAGUUCAAUUUGAAGAAACCAUCUUCCUAUCACUACGAUCUUCUUCUUUUGGGAUUUUUGGUUAUAUUGUGUGGUCUUAUUGGCAUUCCUCCUUCAAAUGGUGUAAUUCCUCAGUCUCCAAUGCAUACGAAAAGCUUAGCUACCCUGAAACAUCAGCUUUUGCGAAAUAAACUUGUCUCAACAGCCAGAAAAAGUAUGGGUAAAAAUUCAAACCUGUGUCAAUUAUACCGAAGCAUGCAAGAAGCAUACAAUGAAAUGCAGACUCCAUUAGCCUAUCAACAGCCUCCUUCCCUGGGACUGAAAGAGCUGAAAGAAUCCACAAUCCAGCUGGCCUCAAGUACUGGCUACAUCGAUGCACCCGUUGAUGAAACUGCUUUUGAUGUGCAUAAAGAUAUAGAUGACCUUUUACCAGUUGAGGUCAAAGAACAACGUCUCAGCAAUCUGCUCCAGUCAUUGAUGGUUGGUGGCUGUGUUGCUGCUAUGCCUAUUCUGAAGAAGAUCCCAACCUCAGUUCUUUGGGGUUACUUUGCUUUCAUGGCUAUUGAAAGCUUACCAGGAAAUCAAUUUUGGGAGAGGAUAUUAUUGCUUUUUACUGCUCCAAGCAGAAGAUACAAGGUGUUGGAGGAGUAUCAUGCUACCUUCAUUGAGACGGUUCCCUUCAAAACAAUUGCCACCUUCACUUUGUUUCAGACAGCUUAUCUGCUUCUAUGCUUUGGCUUAACAUGGAUUCCAAUAGCUGGGGUCCUUUUCCCACUGUUGAUCAUGCUUCUUGUUCCAGUGCGGCAGUAUGUGCUCCCUAAGUUUUUCAAAGGAGCCCAUCGUCAAGACUUGGAUGCUGCAGAAUAUGAGGAAGCUCCUGCUGUAUCUUACAACAUGACGUUUGAAGAUCAGGAUCCGCAAGCAAGAAAUACUAAUAUUGAUGGUGUGGAAAUUCUUGAUGAAAUGAUCACACGAAGCCGUGGCGAGAUCCGGCAUACACAAAGCCCUAAAAUAACAAGUUCUACUCCAGGUUCAGUGGAGGAUAUAAAAUCUUCAUAUAAUCCAUGUCUUUCACAAAGGGCAUACAGUCCACGCGUUGGUGAAUUGAGGGUGGAUCAGAGCCCAAGAUUUUCUGGAAAGGGAGUUGAAUUAAAGCAAAAUCCUAGUCCUGGGCCUUCUAACCUUGGUCAAAGUAGUCACGCUUCAUCAUCAUGCUAAAUUCAUAAUUCUGGUUAGGUUAGUUGUCAGUAUGCUCGAGAGGUCCUAUGUUAAAUUAUGUUACCAAGUGUCUCUUGUAGGAGUGUGUUUUCCUUUGUGAUGUCUGUUAGUGUUCAUUGUUCUCCAUCUUCCAGUAGGCUGGGCAGAAAACACGUAUAUGAUAAUGAAAAUAUGUCAUUUGCGCUGA